GAUAUCAGUCUGUUACCCAUACCGGAUCAUAGUAAAGAAGAGCUGCCCGUGCUUUGGCUUAUAGGCCACGUUUCUCUCCCCAUGCACAUGCAAUCUUGUCUCGAACUGCUUCAACCCGAUGUGACUUUUCCGCGGUGCCCCAGAUCUUCGCCUACUUCACCUUUUGCUCCUUUCAUCAAACAAGAGAACAGUGUGGACGAAUACGGAUACCCGGCGUCCAGCGGGCUGGGAUCCCCGGCUCCCAACCUGUCAGGCUCGAUCAACUGUUCCGGGAGUUUAUAUGGUGGCCAAUCUAAUUACUUUCCCAGUAAAAACUUUGAUUCGGUUUCCAGAUUUGGGGUGAUUGGAGGAUCUUCGUCAUCCAUGUAUUCGAAAUCCUCACUUGCGUGGCCUCCAUCCUCAACACCUGACCCUCAUGCCAAGUCAACUAUCAGUUCUGCUGCUCCCGUGCGUCCAGUUUCUUCUUCAUCAGGACUUACCCACUGGAUGUCCAUGAUGACCGAUCAUGCUCAUGUAAAUGUUCCUGCCCAUUCCACAGCUCAUGAAGUACCUUAUAUGUGGAACGGAGUUGAG